AUCCAGUCCAAGUUAGUUACUGAUCUAAGAAGAACACACACACGCAGUGGUUGGUUGGGUUGGUUGAAUCUUUGCUUGUUCGUUCAAUCAUUCAUUCGUCUCAUGCCAUUCCAUCCAUCCACCCAUCCACCAUCCCAUAUCAAAAUCGAACAAAAAAAAAAAAGCGCUUUACAAGAUGGGAUGCCGAUUUCGUCUUUCGUUUGCUUUUUUUGUGUUGUCAUCUCCCUUGUUGGUGCAGUAGUAAUUGAAAAGAAAAGGAAAGUGCAGAGACGGGGGAGACCGAUCAGCAAUAGCCAAUAUAGAAAAAGGAAAAAAAAAUAAAAAAUAAAAAGAGAAGAUGAAACAUAUGGGGUAAAUAACUUCAGGCGAUCAGAAUGC